GCGCAUGGUUAUUCAUAAAAUUUAAUACGCAUCUAAAAACAUUAAGUGCAGUUUAUGUAUAAUGUUUGACAGAUAAACGCAUUAAAAAUGAAAAUUUAUUUGACAUUACGUUUAUUUCUUUGUGUUUUAAUUUUAAGGGAAGCUUGCCCUAAAAAUGCAGAAGAAAAAGUGGCAAUGUCCGACCACUACCUUUUAAGUGAAGAGUAUAUUGUAAAGAUGAACAGGGCCCCAAGCAGAGGUCCUUAUUUUGAUACUUCAGCUACAAAAAAUGUGACGUCUUUAGUUGGAAAAACAGGACAUUUGAAUUGUCGCAUAAAAAAUCUUGGAAAUAAAACGGUAUCAUGGAUACGCCAUAGAGACUUACACCUAUUAACUGUUUCUGAAAGCACAUAUACUUCGGAUCAGAGAUUUACUUCAAUUUACAACAAGCAAACUGGUGAUUGGUCCUUACAGAUAAAAUUUCCUCAACUAAGAGAUUCGGGAAUCUAUGAAUGCCAAGUAUCAACAACACCGCCAGUUGGGUAUACCAUGAUUUUUUCAGUUGUAGAACCUAUUACCAGUAUUCCUGGAGGACCAGAGAUUUACAUUGAUUUGGGUUCGACGGUUAAUUUAACAUGCGUGAUAAAACACCUACCUGACCCGCCCAUCGCAGUGCAUUGGACUCAUAAAAAUCAGGAAAUUAAUUAUGAUUCACCACGAGGAGGAGUGUCCGUAAUAACUGAAAAAGGAGACAUAACUACUUCAUAUCUAUUGAUUCAACGUGCAAAAAUAGCUGAUUCCGGCCAAUAUUCUUGCUUACCAUCAAACGCAAACCCGAAGUCUGUAAAUGUUCACAUUUUGCAGGGUGAUCAUCCAGCAGCAGUUCAAAAAUCCUCUAAUUUGAUGUCACAAACGUUUAAUGUGUUAAUUCUGCCUAUAUUGUUAACUUUAUUAGCUUUAUAAGAAAACAAUUUUUUUAUACAUUUCUGUGGAUUUACAUUUAAGUAAGAUACCUUAUUAAAUGAAAAAAUUAAAAUAUUUAUUAUUAUUUGUUAUUAAUAUUUAAGAAUGUGUGGAUUGGUCGUUAUAAUUGUUGAAUAAUUCGUCGGCAUAUAGCAAUUUUCUGUUGGUAAAAUAGUCAAUAAACAUAAAAUAUACCGUUUUUGUAAAUUAUUACACUUGUUUAUCGUGAAAUGUCAUGCUAAUGACAUAAAAUAAUCUUUUUUUAAAAUCUAAGAGAAUAAGGGUAUAAAGUAGCGUAUAUAUAUUUGAAACAUUAAGCAGAAUUUAUAUUAGGAUAGAACGCGAAAACAAUUUAAAGAGGCAAUGCCGAUAAGGUCGAAAGGGAGUUUUCUCGAAGAAGUUUGAUUGACAACCAACUUUUAAUAUAAAAUAAUGUAAUGUGACUUUGUAUGAGCGACGAAAAGCUUUUUAAGGGACCCUUACACUGGACUUCAAAAUUUAAACAAACACCGUCUCCGGACGGCAACCAAGCCAGUCACUGCUUCCGAUGUUUGGCUAUUACCAAUUGGCUGUUACCAAUUUAUUCUCGACUGCAGGCUGAAAAUAUACCUCAGAGAAAGAAGUAUAUGUGCUUUGAAAUUAAGUAAAGAAAAACAAUUAAAAACAAAAAUAAUGUUUUAAAUUCCAUUUUAUUUAUAUCGUUUGAAUAUAUACAUAUAUUGUUUUCGUAAACCUUUAGAUUAACUUAAAAUUUAAUAAACCACUUUAACUAUAAGUAUAUGUGCAUGCUGAAUGAAAAUUCAAAAUACUUUUGGAAACAUUUUUUAAGACUUUUAAAAAAAUGUAUUCCGUUAUUAAUUAAAAUUUGAUUAAUUUCGGUUGGACAUUGAAGUAUCCAAUUUUUUUAGAAUUGUAGAAUUAAUUUGACAAUUACAGUGUCAAACCGGUGGCCAUUCUAAUAAACUUUAUUUUAUUAUUCCUCAAAUAUA